UUUCCCAUAUGAAUUAGUAAUCUCCAGCUUCACUCCACGGACUUCGACCGCGGUAGCUAAAGGACUGGGAUAUACGGCACGAUUAUAUGUGAUGGCUAAGUAGCACGCGCUUCCUUCCUCUUCAUCUGUAGCACUGUGUCUGUAACCCUCUGCAAGCGCUUCACCGUGGCUCUACGCGCAACACUCCGCAGGAUGACAGACUACCACAUCGACAUUGUGAGCGACACGGUAUGCCCGUGGUGCUAUGUCGGUAAGAAUAGACUCGAUAAAGCGAUCCAGGCCCACAAGCAAUCGAAUCCGAACGACACCUUCUCGACGACAUGGCACCCGUUCUACCUUAACCCAGAUGCACCCAAGAGCAUCGACAAGCAAGCGUUCUACGAGCGCAAGUUUGGACAGCAAAGGACGCAGGUCAUGCAGGGCCAUCUGGCAAGGCUAGGGAAGCAGGUCGGCAUCACCUUCGCUUUCGGUGGCCGGACUGGCAACACAAGGGACAGUCACCGUCUGAUCCAGCUGGCCAAGACGAAGGGCGACGGAAUGCAGACGAAGGUUGUCGAGCAGCUUUUCAACGCCUACUUUGAGUCGGAGGAAGACAUAACAUCGCGGGACGUUUUGAUCGCGCGGGCUGUGAAAGCUGGGUUGGAUGAGGUGGAAGCUAGGGACUGGUUGGAAAGCGAUAAGGGAGGACCUGAGGUGGAUAGGGAGGUCAAGCAGGCGCAACAGAGGUUCAUUAGUGGUGUCCCAAACUUCUUGAUUAACGGCAAAUACGAGAUUAGUGGUGCGGAGGAGCCGGCGGCGUUCCUGCAGGUGUUUGGUGAGGUGAAGGAGACAACCGGCGACGCGAAUGGGACGAAGAAUGGAGGCGCCAACAUUUGUUGAGGCGAACGGAAUGCGGCUUUGCGACGCCCAUCCUCUUAUUUCCCAUACCAGUGGAACCGAUAUGUGUCACGGUAAGGCCGCUUGGCUACUCUUAGUCACAUCAGCGAUUGUAUGAAUACUACACCAAAUCACAUGCGAGCCUCUGGUUAUGAAAUUUUCUCAUACCAAACUUCUCCCGUGAUGAUCCAGGUAGGUACUGGCGAAAUAUCGAACAGCGCCAGCCUGGCAAAUUGGACGCUGUCAACAGUCAUACUCGCACCAAUAUCUAACGGAAGGUGUGAAGAUGUUUUUCACAUGCACGUCAGGUCGGC